GAAUUUAAGAGAAACAACGGGAUGGGCAGCAAGAGACCCAUCUGGGGUCCUCUCACCUUAUACUUAUGCUCUUAACGAGACGGGGCGAGAAGAUGUUUAUAUCAAGGUUCUAUACUGUGGAGUUUGCCACACGGAUAUCCAUCAAACCAGAAAUGAACUUGGAAUGAUACGUUAUCCCGUUGUUCCUGGGCAUGAAGUGAUUGGCGAGGUGGUCGAGGUGGGAUCAGAAGUGACUAAAUUUAGAGCAGGAGACACUGUUGGAGUUGGAUAUGUUGUGGGGUGCUGCAGAAGUUGCGAACCGUGCAAUUCCAACAAUGAACAAUACUGCAACAAGAAAGUCUUUUCCUACGGCGAUGUUUACCCCAAUGGCCAGCCUACCCAGGGCGGCUUUGCUGCUGCCAUGGUGGUUGAUCAGAAAUUUGUGGUUACAAUACCAGAUGGUAUGGUAUUGGAGCAGGCGGCACCGCUUUUAUGCGCCGGAAUAACGGUGUACAGCCCACUGAGUCACUUCGGAUUGAAACAAAGUGGACUAAGAGGAGGAAUAUUAGGGCUUGGAGGAGUAGGACACAUGGGGGUCAAGAUAGCAAAAGCAAUGGGACACCAUGUCACUGUGAUUAGCUCUUCUGAUAAGAAAAGAACAGAGGUUCUGGAUCAUCUAGGUGCUGAUCGAUACCUGGUCAGCUCGGACCCAACUCAAAUGCAAGAAGCAGCUGACUCACUUGACUAUAUAAUCGAUACUGUGCCUGUGUUUCACCCUCUUGAGCCUUACCUAGAAAUGUUGAAACUUGAUGGGAAGUUGAUAAUGAUGGGUGCCAUUAACACACCCCUGCAGUUUGCUUCUCCUAUGGUUUUGCUCGGGAGGAAAACGAUCACAGGGAGCUUCAUAGGAAGUGUAAAGGAGACAGAGGAGAUGCUUGAGUUCUGUAAAGAGAAGGGACUGUCGUCCAUGAUUGAAGUGAUAAAGAUGGAUUAUAUAAACACAGCAUUUGAGAGGCUUGAGAAAAAUGAUGUUAAAUAUAGGUUUGUUGUGGAUGUUGCAGGCAGCAAUCUUAGUCCUUAGAAAAGUUCCAUUUAUAGAACCCUCAAAAUUCAACUCAACACCAUGAAUAAUAUAUGUAUGCUUUAGGGUUAAAUUUGUGUUUUUCAUUUUAAAAAUGAAUGAGAGCCUUAAAAUCUGUAACAAAUUAUACGUGGUAUUCGAAGAUGAACAAGAUUGUCAAUUGUCUAACCAUCUGCUUGUGGUUCCAGGAAGAGGCUAAGUUAUUAUGUAUGCUAAGGGUGAAGGGAUGUUUUAUGUAUGAGAAAUGUUAAGUGUUUUACAUCAAUCUUCU